AUGGGCAACGUAGCCGAGGCCAUCGAGGAGGUGUCGGCCAGUGUUGCUGCCUCUAAAGAGGAAGAGGAGGAGGAAAAGUCUUCGGACAAGGAAAACCACAAUGGUCCUCCGGCUGCUGCUGACGAGCUCAUGUCUGAAGAGGAAGAGGAGGCGGUGAAGAAGUCCGAAGAGACGGUGGUGGAGGCCUUCCACAGCGUGGACGCCGAGAAGGAGCUCUCUGAAGAGGCGGCCGCGGCUUCAGCGGCUCCUUCGCUGGCCGACGACUCUUCUGCGCUGAACAGCAGCCGUCGCUCCUCGUACAUCGUCAAGAGUCCGAGCAUUCGGGUGGUGCACUUUGCCGAUGAGUCGGUGCGCAACAGCAGCAAUGGCGGCGGACUGGAGGCACUCGUCGAGGACUCAAAUGAGCCGCAGCAGCAGCAGACCACUCCGGUGGCCCAUAACGAGGGCACCAGCAAGUCCUCGCUGAAGAUCAAGGCUCGGCAGCUGACGCCCAUGGUGGUCAAGGAGGAGAAGGGAAAGAAGGUGACUGCCGGCAACAUUGUCUCAAAGACCGCCACCACCACAAAGGCCAGCACAGGCAGCAACAAGAACCCGCUGAGCAUUCAGGGCCUGCUUCGCAACCGACUCUCCAAGAAGUACAUCAAGCGCUUCUCAAAGUCCAUGGAGGAGGAGAAGGCCAAGGAGGAGGAGGAGGCGAAGAAGAAGAAGGAUGAGGAGAAGGGUCAGGGCCCAAGCUCUUCUGCUCCAGGAGCCGCAGCCCCAGCUGCCAAGCCCAAGAGCACCGUCAUUGGGCUGACGAAGAAGCGCGUCACCAUUGCCGCCGUGCCCGCAAAGAGUGCUACUACCACCACGACCACUUCGGCUCGAACUUCCACCACCACCGCCACCACCAGCGGCAAACGAGGCCUCAGCCUGAAGGGCAGCACCAGCGCCGGCCGUCGCUUCACCACCGCCGCCUCGAUGCUGCUGNGCAAGAACCCGCUGAGCAUUCAGGGCCUGCUGCGCAACCGACUCUCCAAGAAGUACAUCAAGCGCUUCUCAAAGUCCAUGGAGGAGGAGAAGGAGAAGGAGGAGGAGGCAAAGAAGAAGAAGGAUGAGGAGAAGGGUCAUGGCCCUAGCUCUUCUGCCCCAGCAGCCCCAGCUGCCAAGCCCAAGAGCACGGUCAUUGGGCUGACGAAGAACGGCAAACGAGGCCUCAGCCUGAAGGGCAGCACCAGCACCAGCGCCGGCCGUCGCUUCACCACCGCCGCCUCGAUGCUGCUGCGAAAGAAGUCGCUCACUUCGGCGGCGCCCAAAACUCCGCUGAAGAGCGGCGCCAACAACAACAAAGGUGACGCACUGAGCAAUGGUGCAGCAGUCAAUGGCGGUCCCAGCCGCCCCUCGCCCUACCUCGGCCUCUCCGUGCUGAACGCCCACUUCAUGUCCAAGUACUGCCGCAACUACACGCCCCCCACGGCGGCCGCCUCCUCGGCGCUGAAGAAGCAGCGGCCGAAGGCGACGGUCCCCGUGUCGCCCAAUCUGCACACCUCGACGCGCUGUACGAUGCGCAAGGCGCACACCAUGCCCAAUGUCUCGGCUGCUGCUCCAAAGCCUGCUCCAGUGGUGGUGGCUCGAAAGCCACUUCCGGCCAAGCCAAUGGCUAAGCCGGCGCCAACCACCGCCCCCGCUGCCUUUGUGCCCACCAAGGCGAUCACGCCCAAGUUCAGCACCGAGGCCCGUCUGAAGCUGUGGCACGUGAAGCACGGGGACCAGGCUGAUGGUGGUGCUGCUGCUCCUGGUGGUAAGGGUGGUGGCCUUCUCUUCAAGGCCCGCCCGAUGCCCAACUUCAAGCGGAUGCAGGCGGCGGCGGCGAAGCAGGCAGCGGCCGCCAUUGAGAAGGGCAAGCACGCGGUGAAGCCCAUUCACCAGGAGAAGAAGUAG